UGACAUUUCAAUUAAUAUGUAUUGGAAAAUUUGUUGAUCUGGGAGAUUAUUUUUUAAUUUAUUCCAAGAUAUGUAGCUAUACAUGAUAUGGAACGAAAAUGGUGAAGAUUUGAAGAAAAUGCAAGAUGUUCUGGAUCUUUGUUUUAACAUUUUUCCUCUCAUACCAAGGCGUUGAUACCCAUGUAUACAUGAAUGAUAUUGUUAUCGGUGGCAAACAUUUGAUCAUCGAUGUAGAACAAAGCAAGAAUCAAAUUGUGCGAAUUCCUCGAGAAAUUGAUGAAAGUAUUGAAGAAGCUCAAGCAAAAUUGUUCAAUGUUGAUCGGGCAGCAGACGCCGUCACAGGUAUAGAAAAAGGCGUAAAAGCGGAUCCCUUUUUCAUAGAGGAUCAGACGAAUCAAAUAACGCAGCAAUUGAAGUCUGACAUUGCGCGUUAUAAGGCAGAAAAGAAAAAUAAUGUGGCACAGAAUGAUGAGAAGGUCAUAUCUCUAGCAAAGAGAAUUUUGAAAAUUGUGACGACUUUGGAAGUAGCAAAGUUUAUCGCUGAUAGAAGAGCGAGAGAGGGAGUAGAAACAGCUCAACGUCGUGGUAUACAUCGACCGACUGCUUAUCAAUUUCCACAAUAUAACUACGGUUAUCUCUAUGGAUUGCCAUCAUUAGAUCCUGCUCAAGAUAUGACUCAACCAUUUCAGCAAUCCCAUGUUGAUUUCAAUUCAAAACUACCAACAUCAAUACUAUCGGCUACAUUUCAGCCUCCACCUCUACCUCAAUCUCAACCUCAUCAUCAACCUCCUCCAUCUCAAUCCCCACCUCCCCCUCCACCACCCCUACCAUCCCCGCCUCCUCUCCCUCCUCUUCCUGCUCUACCAGCUAUACCACCACCUGUUUAUACGGCUUCAGCUUCACAUUUAAAUACCCAGGACAAGGGUAUUCUUCCUCCCGGUUUCAUUCCUUCUACAAACGCCAUGUUUCUAAAAGAAAAACAAAAGUCCACCAAAAUGCCAUCGGCGAUUAUUCCAAACGACAAAAUCAUACAGCAUCAAGAUCAAUCGCAGAUCGUGCAAACACCGAAUCCAAAGCCCAACGGUGUGAUAACACCUGAAGACCAUGCUCAGUGGAGAAUCUUUGGCGAAUCAUCGCCACUUUCAACAAAGUCAGCGCAAUUCGAGACAACACAAAUGCAAAAAACAGAGCCGUUCGUCUCCAGCAGUAACACGAAAUUCCCUCAUCUUCCUCACCACAAGUGACUCAGUCUGAUUUUACCUCACAAUCGCAAGCCAAAUCAAAUUCUGAAGAGCUUUCAGACCUUCAGCCUUCGAAUGGCAACUUUUUAAAAAAAGCUGAAGACAAAACAAAGCCGGGAAUCUCUCUGAAAUCAGCACCUGUGAUAAAUGGUUUACAAGUUGAGGAAAAUACUGAAAAUGGAAUAACUUCUAAUCAAAAUUUUGUUGCAAAUAAACCAGUAUCACAUGAUGAUACACCAUCUCAAUCGGAAGUGUCUCAGAAUACAGCAGCAUAUCAAUCCGUAUUUCCACCACCUAUUCUACCUCCACCGGGACAAAUCAUGACUCCAUAUACAUAUACUCAUCAACCUUCAUCAUUCUCUUCGCAAAAUGAUUUCUCCAACCAAAUAUUUCCUCCAAACCAAAAUUUUCCCAUUGCACCAGUGGUUCCUUCUCCAUAUAUUGCUACCAACCCCAUUCCUCUUUCACCGAUUACUCCACCAGUGUUUUUACCAGAUGACACUCCAGACGUGAGAUUUGCAAAGGAGAAAGAUUACCAAACAAGACGGUCGGCCAUUGCAGUAGAGAACAUCGAAAAAGCCAUUGGUCUAGAUGAGAAAACUAUAGAAAGUCUUAUUGACGACGUUAAGCAAAUAUCAAAACGUCAAAAGUUGCAGUACGAGAAGGAAAUUUUGUCUGACAAGAUGGAAAAGAAGUAUGAGACCGGAUCACAAAAAAUUAAGACAAAAGAAAAACUGAUAAAAGAUGAAGAUUUAGAAAUGAAAGCUGUAGAAACAAUAAAUCAAAUAAAUCGCUUAGAACGAGUGAUGACGAUCAUCGAAGCUGCAAAGUUUGACGCCAAGCGAAGGGCAAGUCAGCAACUGCUAGCCGCAGAAACUUGGAAAAACAGACUGUAUCGUAGAGGCAGGGGAAAAGCUCAUACAAAAUCAAUAAAAAAAAUUGUACGCUCCAUAACAGAUAUCAUUAAAAAGUCAAAGUCUAAGAGGAUUUCAACGACAUAAGUGUAAAAAUAUUCACGUCAUUUCAUGUUCAAUGAAUGUAACUAUAUAUACAUGAACUAUAUUAAGUAAUAGCUAUAUAUACCCAGCUAAAGCUAUAGCUAUAUACAUUGUUAUGUUAUUUAUAUAUACAUAUAUAUAUAUAAAUAACGUGUACAACAAUAUGUCCUCCCGGUUAUUGGAACAUUGGGUGUACGGUAUGGAUAAUAUGUACAUAAAGCGAUACAUAAAUGUGAUGUAGAUAUGUUUUGUAGGUUAAUAUACUAUCAUAUUUUCUUUAUGAUUGAUACCAAGGA